AUGGCCAUCUCCGCUAAAGAACAAGGCAUGGCUUACGACCCGAGCUCUCCUCAGGUCAUGAACGCCUUUUACCGGCGUCUGUUUCCUUACAAGGCCCUUUUCAAAUGGCUUAACCAAGCAGACGUUCCCGGCAAGCUCUGGACCCAUCGCGAGUUUGCUUUCACGAUCGAAAACGACGUCUAUAUUCGCUACAACUCGUUCAACACGGCAUACGACUUCCAAAAGGAGGUGCUUCGCCUGAACCCGUCACGUUUUGAGAUUGGUCCCCAGUACAGCGCGAGGCCCCGUGACCGCAAGACCCUUCCCGCCGGCGCGCUCCAGCCCCAGCGCCGCGAGCUCGUCUUUGAUAUCGACAUGACUGACUACGACGAGGUCCGUACUUGCUGCUCGGACAAGAAGAUCUGCAAGCGUUGCUGGGGGUUCAUUGCCGCUGCUGUCAAGGUCCUCGACAACGCUCUCAGGAAUACGUUCGGCUUCAAGCACCUCCUCUGGGUCUACUCUGGUCGCCGUGGUAUCCAUUGUUGGAUCUCAGACACUCUCGCCAUUGACCUCACGGAUGACCAGCGCCGUGCCCUCGUCACCUUUUUGGAGGUUAUCAAGGGCAGCAAGGAGCAGGUCAAAAAGGUCAACGUCCGUAACGGCAAGGACGACGGCGAGCUUCACCCGGCACUUGAAGAUGCACUGGACGACCUGAGGACUGAAUUCUCACGUCUCAUCCUCCGUGACCAAGAGUGCUUCCAGUCGGACCAGGGAUGGCAGACGCUCCUGGCGCUUCUCCCAGCCAACAGAGAAGUCACGGAAUCCCUCCGCAAGCUGUGGGAGUCCAGCCCCGACCGCUCGAGUGAGGACAAGUGGGUCGACAUUGUGGGCAUGAUCAAGACAUACAAGACCUCCAACCCCACCCUGUACCGCAAAUACGAAAAGUACAUGCAGGACAUUGUCCUGCAGUACACCUACCCGCGUAUCGAUGCCGAAGUCUCCAAGCACCGCAACCACUUGCUAAAGUCGCCGUUCUGUGUCCACCCGGGCACUGGUCGUGUGUGUAUCCCCAUCGACCCGGACAGGGCCCACGAGUUUGACCCCGAGGCCGUGCCGCAUGUCGGCGAGCUGCUGGUCGAGCUGGAUAACGCCCCCGCCGCCGACUCGGGAGGCAAGAUUCCCGAAGACUACGAGAGGACCUCUCUCAAGCCCUACGUCGAAAUGCUCGAGCGCCAUGCAAAGGCCAUCAUGGCGGAUGUGCGUGGUGCCCGCAGGCCGGUCAAGGAGGAGACCAUGGAGUUUUGA